CGUUAACGCUUUUUCUGGGGAUUGUGGACCAGGGAUCUUCACUCGCAUGAACAAAACUGAAGGGGGCGACGCAUUUUUCUUUGCGACCUCCUUGUCCGGAAGGAAACAUGUCUUGUCCAACAUCGAAUUUUUUUUUUCUUUUGUUCAAUUAAAACACUCUUGUUGUUAAUUUUAACCCAACAGCCAACACCCACACGGACUGAGAUUUUAAUCGUUGGAAUUGAAUGCCCUAUCGGCUACUGUUAGGUACCAGGGCCCAAUUGAGACGGCACCUGGUCUGAAAUCAUUCAAUGCACUGAACCGCUUCUCACUCGUCGACGCACCCUCAGACGCACGCCCCCAUGGCGGGAGACUCAAGGUUAUACAGCGGCAUACCCGUGCGCUUUGAGGCGUGUCACACACUGGUGCCGCUGACUCUCAGACGUUCCUUGCUAGCGUGCGGCCUUCUUCUUGGUGCGCCGGCGUUGCUGCCAACCGUCAACGCUGCCUAUGUCGAGUCGGUGCCAUGUUCCGGGCAGGAUGAUUAUUCCAUUGGGGACGGAACCAAGCUGCAGCUGUUCGGGUUUGAUGUUCGCAUGCUCAGUCCGGGUCAGGUCAUGUUCGACAAGAAAACUCCGGUGAACUCGACAACCUUGGAGAUCAAAGUCAAUCUCAACUUCCCAAAUUCCACAGCCUGUGCUGAUGUUCCCGCCCGGGAAUGGGAUGCCUUGAUUAAUUUGCAAAGACCCGGCUCGUCAAACACGAGCAUUCUUCGCCAAGCCAACUACACCUGUCAAACAAGUUUGUAUCCUGAAUCUCAGCCUGGCGUUAUUUCAACCUCUAUCUUCCAAUACGAUGUAGGGCCACUAGAACCCAUGCCAUCCUUUGCUGUAGAACUUUCUUUGGGUCCACUGCAACAGGAGCUGGUGAAUGCGUCCUUUUGUGCAUACUUUGAGGUCAUGCCUGUCCUUGGAAUAGGCUCAAUUCUGGGACUCAGGCUAGGUCCGAUAGCCAUCUUCACUCUUGUCCUGAUAGCUGGAGUCUUGGCUACUCUCUACUCCGACAUGGAUACGCCAUCCGGCUCUUUACACCGUCGGUGGACUUCGAUGGAUGGGAUUGCGCCGGCUCGAGACACCAACUCGGCUGCCACCCGGCCCAUUUUGCCUGGCGUCGGAGAUUGCCUACUGCAUUUGCAAUUUAUAUUCCUCAUGGGAGCCCUGACAGUACACUAUCCGCCCUUUUACCAGCCUGUCACGUCUCAGCUGAGCUGGGCGGGUCUGUUCAGCCCGGUUGGUCCACUCGGCAUCGGUCAAGGAUACACGAAUACCAGGAACGGCAUCUACGAGGUAAAUGGGACUUUGUCUGGCGGUACAUUAGGAUUUGAACUUCUCACUCAGAUCACGGGAGGGCCGAUGAGGAUGGAUAUGUGGUGGAACAUGGUUAUCCUGGCCCUCAUCGUCGCCUUUGCAACGACCCUGCUCCUGCAGACACCUCGAAUAGUGCCUACGAUUCGCGAGAAAUUCACCUCGACGCCUUCGAACCAGCCUCCACCACCGACCAAGCUCGGUGCAACCCGUACAGCUUGGAACGUGAUCAAGGUUGUAUUGAGCUACUUCCUCACGCCCAUCGUAGCGCUGUCGGCAUACCAGCUCUGUAAUCUGUUCUUACCAGUCUAUCACCUAGUCCUGGCGUCACUAUUCAUCUUAGCUAUUGUUGUUUGCUUCAUAUGGAUGUCGAAGGUGGCCCCGAGGAGUCAAUUGGGAAAUCUACUGGUUGGAGGUACCAAAAGCCGUUAUCGGGUUCUGCACCAAAGGGACAACAGCGUCGAUCGACCCAUGACUCAACCGAACAAGCCCAAAAGCGACAAGGCCAGCGAGAUUAACCUCUUUACCAUGAUGUUCUUUGCUAUCGCUUUCAUCAGGGGAGCCACCAUUGGAGGUCUGCAGUCGUAUCCGCUUGCUCAGAUCGCCACGCUGGGUGCCAUGGAGAUGGUCAUGUUCAUCAGCACUUUGUUUCUCCGACCCUUCACCACUCGAGAUUUGGUCAUUUCGGCGGGCAGCUGUGUCGCCCGCUUCGCCGUCAUCAUGCUCACGGUUGUGUUUUUAAACCAGCUGAAUGCCAACUUCCAGACAAAGAUCUCGGUGGGAUACGUCAUCCUAGGCAUCCAUAUGGCCGUUCUUGUCCUUGCCUGCGCUAUUCCAGCGAUACUUCGCUUGAUGGGUCUGGCCCGUGCCAACCUCAAGACUGUUGAUGGAAAACAUGUUUACGGACUGGAUCGGCUCCACAGAAGAAGCACUACUUUCAACAAUCUAUCUCAGUUGGACGUCGACUCUGAUCAUAAUGGAAACUUGGCCCACAGCACGCAUCUCAUAUCGCCAGCUUCAGUUCAUAGCCCUCAUACCUCGUUGGGGAAAGGUUCAAGAACCACAUUUGAUAGCCGCAGAUCGGCCAGCCAGUCAACACAGCGGCCCGUUACCCGCGACCCAUUCUUCCGCGAACCCCGUGCGAAAACAUCCCUAACGUCGCUCAACUCUUUGAACACCCCCAACAGCCCGAUGGACCGCGGCAAGCUCUCUUCGGAAGGCGAGCGCGACUCCCUAGGACCGCUGAGGAAAGCCACGACCUUGAACCUGCCAACGGCCGGCAACUCCUCUAGGAGCCGCCGUCACUCAUCCGCGUCGAUAUUAUCGGACGGCACGCUCGUCGACGCGUCAGAACCUCCCCUGCCACUUGCCCGGCCGGCCCUGGCGCCACGAUGGGGUGACUACUCGUUCCGCGAAGCUGACCUCUACUACCGCCAACCGCCCGCCUACGAAGGCGCGAACGAAGACGAUUGGUCUGCCACAGCGGACUCUUCUUCUACGAACAGACAGGAAGGCCUGCGGAGUUUGAGCGCGGGGGUUAGCGUCUGGGCGCAUCUGACAGGGUCCAAGGCGUCGGGUACGUCUGGCGGCGGUGGUGGAUUCGAGGUGCGCAGGCCGCCGCGACCCAUCCCUGAGCAGUCUGGCAGGUCCGCCUCGGCAGGGACGUUUGAGGUCAGGAGGCCGCCUAAGCCUGUUCAGCAGUGAUGAGCUUUGUCAGUGGUCUGUUCUGGCUUUGUGUUUGGAAAACUUUCAUUUGUUUGGAUAGUGGAAACAUGCUUGAAUUUUUUGUUUGCUAGGAUUUGCAUAGCAUAGCGUUGCAUGGCGUUUUUGGGUAUAUUUAAAGGGUCUCUUAUGGGGGUACCAAUUAAUUUUGGGAUUUCGUUCUUGGAUUAUUGAUAUAUAUACAGCAUGCGCGGAGUUGAUAAUUUAAGGAUAUAUGAUGCUAUGAU